AUGCACGGCCCUUUCAAAGAGGAGAUCUCCAGGAGGUUUAAGGCUCAGCAGGAUCAGCUGGUCCUGAUCUUCGCAGGCAAGAUCCUCAAGGAUGGGGACACCCUGAACCAGCAUGGGAUCAAGGAUGGGCUCACUGUCCAUCUGGUCAUCAAGACCCCUCAGAAGGCUCCAGAUCCAGCUGCCACCACUGCUUCUUCCCCCUCCACUCCAGACCCUGCCUCGGCACCCUCCACCACGCCCGCUUCACCCGCCGCCCCGGCCCAGCCCUCCACCUCUGGCAGCGCCACUUCGGAUGCUGGCAGCGGAAGCCGGAGGAGCACUGGCUUUGGGGGCCUCCUGGGCCUGGGCAGCCUGGGCCUGGGCUCCGCCAACUUCAUGGAGCUGCAGCAGCAAAUGCAGAGACAGCUGAUGUCCAACCCCGAGAUGCUGUCGCAGAUCAUGGAGAACCCCCUGGUCCAGGACAUGAUGUCUAACCCCGACCUGAUGCGCCACAUGAUCAUGGCCAACCCCCAGAUGCAGCAGUUGAUGGAGCGGAACCCUGAGAUCAGCCACAUGCUCAACAACCCGGAGCUCAUGAGGCAGACCAUGGAGCUUGCUCGAAAUCCAGCCAUGAUGCAAGAAAUGAUGCGGAACCAGGACCGGGCCCUGAGCAACCUGGAGAGCAUCCCCGGAGGGUAUAACGCCCUCCGCCGCAUGUACACAGACAUCCAAGAGCCGAUGUUCAGUGCUGCCCGGGAACAGGAGACCAGAGAAGCUUGGGGGGCUGCAGGGGCAGAAGAUCCCUCCUUAAGCACCUUUGAUGUAUCCUUGACAUCCAUCUACAACCUCACAGAUGAUGUGGGCUACCAAGGGAGCCAGGAGCUGACCAGCGAGGAAGACCCCGGCCUCGCUCGGUCCAAGAGGCGGAAGCGCAGCAAGGUCGCCACCGUCCGGCCGAGGAGGGACAAGGCGAAGGACGAGGACGCGGACGAGGAGGACGAGGACGCCGAGAACGAGGGGCCGCCCCGGGCCGCGCGGUCCCCGAGGGUGCGGCGGAAGCGCCACCCGUCCUCGCGGACGCGCCCGCUGCGGCAGGAGCACCCGGGCAGCUCGGAAAGCAGCCCGAGCACGCUCACGUCCAAGACCAAGUCGUCCCGCUGGAGCCUGGCCGGCUUCCGCCGGUACCUGUGCAGCUGCUGCGACCGGCGGCGGCGGUAG